GGCUCCCUGCCCAUUCCGGGCCCCUGGCAGUCCCGCCCCCCGGCCCGGUAUCCCCUUACCGGACCUCAGCGGGAGCAGGAACCGCCGCCAGCCCCAGCAGGACCCCCCAGCCCCACCAUGGCGGAAGCCCACCAGGCCGUCGCCUUCCAGUUCACCGUCACCCCCGAGGGCCUCGACUUCCACCUGAGCCGCGAGGCCGUGCGGCAGCUCUACCUGGCGGGGGUCUCCUCAUGGAAGAAGCGUUUGGUCCGAGCCAAGAACAGUUUCCUGACCGGGGUGUACCCGGCCUCCCCCUCCAGCUGGAUGGUGGUGGUGGUGGCCACCGCCGGCUCCUGCUACUGCCAGGUCGACCCCUCCCUGGGCAUCAUCGCCCGCAUCCAGCACUGCCUGCCCCAGAGGCUGGGGGCGCAGGGUGGGUCAGUGCUGAGCACGGUUCUGUUCUCCACCGGGGUUUGGCUCUCGGCCGUGCUGCUCUUCCGCCAGGCCCUCAAGCUGAUGCUCUCCUACCACGGGUGGAUGUUUGAGCCCCACGGCAAGACCAGCCGCAGCACCCGGCUCUGGGUGGCACUGAUGCGGGUCCUGGUUGCCCGUCAGCCGCUGCUCUACAGCUUCCAGAGCUCCCUGCCCAAGCUGCCCGUGCCCCCCGUCAAGGCCACCAUCACCCGGUACCUGGAGUCAGUGCGGCCGCUGCUGGAGGAUGAGCAGUACAAGAGGAUGGAGGCCUUGGCCAAGGACUUCCAGGAGAAGACGGCUCCGCGCCUCCAGAAGUACCUGAUCCUCAAGUCCUGGUGGACCACCAACUACGUCAGUGACUGGUGGGAGCAGUACAUUUACCUGCGGGGACGCAGCCCCAUCAUGGUCAACAGCAACUACUACAUCAUGGAUUUCCUCUACGUGACCCCCACCCACAUCCAGGCUGCCCGGGCAGCCAACGCCGUGCACUCCAUGCUGCUGUACCGCCGCAAGCUGGACCGUGGGGAGAUCCCCCCCGUGAUGGCCCUGGGCAUUGUCCCCAUGUGCUCCUACCAGUCGGAGCGGAUGUUCAACACCACCCGCAUCCCCGGCAUAGAGAGCGACUCGCUGCUGCACCUCCCAGACAGCAAGCACUUGGCCGUCUACCACCGGGGUCGGUACUACAAGGUGUGGAUGUACUGGGGGGGGCAGCUCCUGCGGCCCCCCGACCUCCAGCUCCAGUUCCAGCGCAUCCUCGACGACCCCUCCCCACCCCAGCCCGGAGAGGAGCACCUGGCAGCACUCACUGCUGGGGAGAGGGUGCCGUGGGCCGAGGCCCGGUCCCGGUUCUUCAGCCGCGGGCCCAACAAGAGCUCUCUGGACGCCAUCGAGCGUGCGGCCUUCUUCCUGGUGCUGGACGAGGAGGAGCACGGGGCCCAUCCCGGGACCCCCGGCUGCAUGGACGCCUACGCCAAGUCCCUGCUGCACGGGCACUGCUUCGACCGCUGGUUCGACAAAUCCUUCACCCUGGUGGUCUACAAGAACGGGAAGCUGGGGGCCAACGCCGAGCACUCCUGGGCAGACGCCCCCAUCGUGGGGCACCUCUGGGAGUUUAUGCUGGCAACAGACAAGUUCCAGCUGGGGUACACAGAGGAGGGGAACUGCCGGGGGGACCCCAACCCUCUCCUAGUUCCCCCACAGCGCCUGCAGUGGGACUUAUCCCAGCAGUGCCGUGCUGCCAUCGAGGGGUCCCUGCGCCUGGCCCGGGCACUGGCGGAUGAUGUGGAUUGCUGCUGCUUCCAGUUCGGAACCUUCGGGAAGGGGCGGAUCAAACGCUGCAGGACCAGCCCGGAUGCCUUCAUCCAGCUGGGACUGCAGCUGGCACACUUCAGGGACAAGGGCUGUUUCUGCCUGACCUACGAGGCCUCCAUGACGCGGCUGUUCCGAGAGGGGCGCACAGAGACUGUGAGGUCCUGCACCUCUGAGGCCACCGCCUUCGUGCGCAGCAUGAGUGACCCCCAGAAGGAUCGCUCAGAGCGGCAGCGCCUGUUCAAGGUGGCAGCUGAGAAGCACCAACAGAUGUACCGCCUGGCCAUGACCGGCGCUGGCAUCGACCGACACCUCUUCUGCCUCUACCUGGUGUCCCGCUACUUGGGGGUCCAGUCCCCCUUCCUGGCAGAGGUGCUGUCAGAGCCCUGGCGUCUCUCCACCUCCCAGACCCCCCAGCAGCAGCUCAAGAUGUUCGACAUGGACAAAUUCCCCGACCACGUCGCCACCGGCGGUGGCUUCGGGCCUGUGGCCGAUGAUGGGUAUGGAGUCUCCUACAUCAUCGCGGGGGAGAACCUCAUCAGCUUCCAUGUCUCCAGCAAGUUCUCCAGCCCUGAGACGGACUCGAAGCGGUUCGCGGGGCACAUCCGCCAGGCCAUGCUGGACAUCUCCCAGCUCUUUGACAACCCCCCCACAAAGUGAGGGGGCACAGACCCCCGCCUGGGGGGAAGCAUGGAGCUGGGGCUCGGGAGGGGUGGGUGGGGUGGGAGCAGCGGGGGCCUCACUGCUCUGUCUGUGUGUCCAAUAAAACUGUGGUUGUGUGGUGACCCCCACCCCCAAUGCA